AUGACCGAUUCCAUUUCAGGCUAUCAAGCUAUAAGCAGCAGCUGGCUAGAGCAGCAAAAUGUCGUCGCGUCCAAGAAAGAUAGCUCACAGUUACGACAACAGAAAGAGAAACAAGCGGGUUGGGUUUGGACAUGCUGCGCUUGUCGGGCAGCAAACAUUGAAUCUUCCAUAACCGGAUGCUCUGGGUGCAACCAAUCGAGAUGCCAACAUUGCGAGGUAAAAGACAAGCAGUCAGAGAACGACAGCCAGAUCAGUAUCGGUGGUAAGUCACGAUGA